AUUAUCCGGGUAUCCGAAUCAUUUCUGCGAAUGGCUGCAAGCUCAUCAGAGCACCUGACCCGGGGGUAUCUCGCGUCAUGAAAAGAAAACAGGAAUAUCAGAAAUCACUAACAGCGACUUUGGAAGAUAGUUUAUGAUACGACUUGAAUAUGAGAUUGUCCAUAAUUAGCUAAUGUGCCCACUUGUCUCUUUCAUUUGGAAAUUCCGUAUUUUUUAGCCUUCAAUCUAGCCUUCUUCGUCAUGUUCAAAUCCAGCGACGGACUCUUUAAGGGGGUGAAGUUCAAACGUCCUGGGCCGACGGGGGCGGCGUCUUCAACGAGAGCAGAGGCCAUAUCCAGCUGGGAGAACGAUUUGAGUGGGAGCGACGGUGAAGUCGCAGAAGCAAUUCCGAAUUUUGUCACAAGAACUUGCAGUUAUGAUGAGAGUUUUGAACAAGUGUUGCCAGAUCAUUGGCAACCAGUGAUCAGUAUUGGCGAGGAUGUAGAAAACACAAGAGGGCCUCCCCUUGAUCGGGAAAGAUUUGAACAUUUUUUUGACAGCGAAGGUCGUUUGGUGGAUGAGCAUGGAUUCAGGAAAGCUGUUUUUCGAGGUGGAAUUGAGGAAGACGUGAGGAAAGAUGCUUGGAAGUUCCUCUUUGGUUAUUUUCCUUGCCAAUCAACUAAAAGGGAACGAGAAGCUCUAGAGUUGGAGUUUGCAUUUCGAUAUGAAGCUCUGAAGGCGCGCUGGAAGACGAUCCUUGCCCAUAGAGGGCUCACUACAGGUGAUGACGAGCAGCAGACAUCCCAGUCAGAUUCAUCUUCAUGCAAUGGAGCAUCGUCGUCACUGUCUACCUCUUCAUCAUCCUCCUCAUCAAUCCAAAGACUUUGUGAUGAUGGCGAUGAUGAAAUCCAACAGAAGCUUGGCUUUGCCAGAUUUCAAGCCAAGAUUUAUGCGAGUCGUCAGCCGCUAGAUGAGAACGAUCUUGAUCACAUCAAGAAGAACCUCAGGAUAAUAGACAAAGACGUCCCAAGGACAGACAGAGAUUUAGAUUUCUUCAGGGGGCAAGGAAACCCAAACCUUGAAAAACUCAGGAAUAUUCUUGUUACCUUUGCUGUCUUUCACCCAACUGUGACCUAUGCCCAGGGUAUGAAUGAUGUCCUAAGUAGGUUUCUGGUAGUCAUGGAGAAGGAGACGGAGGCAUACUGGUGUUUCACCCUCUACCUAGAGAAGGUCGUAGAUGACUUCCUUGAAACGGGCAUGAUCAAGAAACUAGAAUCACUAAAGAGAUUACUAGAAGAGAUUGAUGAGCCACUGUUGAAACACCUCACACAUUGUGACAUGGGAGAUCUCAUGUUCUGCCAUAGAUGGUUGCUUUUAUGUUUCAAGCGUGAGUUUGAGUUCAGUCAGUGUCUGAGGAUCUUUGAAAUCAUCAGCAGUGAUCAUCUAGAACUGUGUUCUCUGGAUGCAGAGAGAGAACGGGACAAAGAAAGAGCAAGGGAAUUCCAGAAAACAGACGGUGUGAGUAGAUCAGCACCGGGAUCGAUAUCCACUGAAUACACCUUUGAGCUCUUUGUUUGCGUGACGAUCCUCCAUGAGUACAGGAACCAACUGAGACAGUGUGAUGAUGCAGCAAGCAUCUUUCAAAUGGUCAAUGGAUUGGCCCAGAAACUAGAUCUUGUCGAUGUCCUUGCAAAGGCGGAGAGUCUUCUCUUAAGUUACUGCCGGAAGUCGGUUUCAUCUGAAAGUACUUUUGCACUUAUCGAAUGAAAAGUUGCAAGCCUAUCAACUCACACAAUACAGCUGACAAAACAGGCCUUGUUGUAACGUAUCAUGUUUGACUGAAAUCCUGCAAGUACAUGUAUUAUCACCCAGAGUAUCCGCGUCUCAUUGGUAAAUCUCUAAUUGAUCUACACCGUCUUUGUCCGGUUCGUCUCAUCCCACAUGGUUUUAUCUUAGUUUAUCUACAGCGAGUUUGGCUGCUAACCAUUUGUUCAUUGUCAUUGAAUCCAUUUACCAUUUGGUCUAAUUUUCAGAUAAGCUGUACCCAUUAAUGGGGAAGUUCACCCUAAAGAAAAGUCUGUUGUAAAAAUUGCAGAAAAAUCAUUAAAAAUUUUGGUGAAGGUUUAAGGAAAUUUAUCUCAAACAUUCAGCAAUAUUUUUUAUUAUUUUUUCUGCUAUUUGUACAAUAAACUUUUUGUCAGGGUGAAGUUCCCCUUUAAUGUUUACUUGGUCAAACACUACUUAGUUAAUAAUAUGGUUAGAUGAACUGUUUAUGAAAUAAUUUUUCAUUUGUGUCAUCAAGUGCAAAAUAAAUGAAUGGAAAGUAGACCCAACUUGGCAUUAGACUAAAUGAGAAUUAGACUAAGUGUAUUGUAGACCAAAUGAUAAUUACAGUGAUAGUAGACCAAAUGGGUUUAGCCCAUGUGGGUAUUGGACUAUCUGAGUAGUAUAUGUAGACCUAUGUCUUGUAGUCCAAAUGAUUACAAACCUUUUCAUUGUGUACUUGUAGUUCAGAGAAAUUUUGUUCUGAGGGCCUUGUUAUGUGCCCUAAAUCAAACUUUCUUAAAAACUCAGAUCUUAGAUAAUGAAAGUGGAUAUGCCCUCUUUAUUGCCAUGAAGGUCUUAUCAGGUGAUGUGAAACUGCUCUGUAUGGGGCUUGAACCCUGAAUCGUUUACAGCUCAUAGAGAUAUCAAACCACUAGACUAAUAUUGUGAACUUGAAACGUAGCAAACAGUAGCUAUGAGCACGCCAUCAUGACAUCUCACGUUAUUGAUAUUGUGAAAUUAUAAUUCUAUACCUAAAAAUACACAUUUUGCUUGCCAUUCUAUUGUAAUUCAUUAAAAAAAAAUUUGGUUUCACUCAUCCACAUCUUCGUAGUGUGCGUGAAAUGAUGCCAUCUGUUGUUGGUUAUUGAACUUGUCGGAGAAAAAAAAAUCAUUUCAUAAUAUGAUACAUGUAUCUUCUUACAAAUCAGUCUAUUUUGUACCUCAGUUUUUAGAUGAAUUUUUUUAAUGUCAAUUUUCCCUUCAUUUUUCAUGUAACCUAUGAUAUAUUGUUGACAUACAUGUAACAGUACUUGCAUUACAACUUAAAAUUAAUUGUGUGUGAUUAAGAAAUAUAGUAAUUUCACUCUUCAUAAGUUAGGGUACAUGUGUACUUUCCAAUUAAAUCAAAAGAUGUGUAAUCAGCAUGGCAGCAAGUUUUUUUUUUCAAUUUUUUUUUGGAAUCGAUAUAUAUGUAAAAUGAUAGGAAUAUCUUAUCUUUGUAAAUUUCAAUAUCCUCAAAACUCCUUUUGUGGAAUUAUAGAAUAUGUAGCAUGCAGGAAUUUGGCUAACCUUUAGGAUGCCAUCUUGAAUUUUAAAUGAAUGUACACUGUACAUGAAUAUUGACAAAGAUAGGACAUUUAAAGCAAUACCAGUACUCUCAUUCGCUGUCUUUUUUUCAAACAUCUGAUCGUGCCUUUGUUUAUCUUCACCCAAAGUCUUUUAAAUAUUCUUCCAUAUCUUUUUCUUGUAUGUUAGAAUAAGAGAUUUUUUUAUUCGCUCGUCCACAGGUGGACUGCUAUACUGUGUCGUAAUAUCCUGUUUUGUGUUGACGAUAUAUACAUAGUCGAUGGGUUGGGUGAUUUCAGGUCCGGUGUUGGCCUUGGUGUUGAAAUUCGGAUUGCUUACCCUAGCUCCAAAACUUAUUCAGAGUUUGUAAAACUGAUCCAUCCAGAUCACAUUAUUGACAUCUCAACAACUAGUGAGUGACUUUUCGGGGCCAUCUUCACUUUAUGUUUGGUGUUAUAAUCGUGUAAAAAUUGACCUAACACCAACACCAUAAGGUCAACACUGAACUUGAAAUCACCCAUUGAAGCAAUGUGAGACACAGAGCGUGCCAUGACUACUGGUUCCUGACGCACGCGUGUCAACUGUUUCUGCUUGCGCAUGCUCUCGUGUAUUUUGGUGCUUCCCUCCACAACUCUGUAUGCUGUUAACGUAAAGCAGACUAUUGUGAUGUACUUACUCUCAGUCCAAUAGUGAACAAACAAUAGAAAAGUCCCUAUGACCAGGUUUCUCUAUUCUAACAGUAAAACAAAUUAAUUAAGUGAGAUCAAGAUUGGUGUUAGUGUUUAGGAGCACAUUUCAGAAUGCCUCUUGCUCCAACACAUGAUGAAAGUUGACAAAAAUGAUCAAAAUUAAAAUACUGAUUCCUUAACACUUAAUGAUAUUCUUCCCAGGACCAGCUUCACCCAAAGUUCGAUGCUGUGCUGCUGAAAAUUAAUUGGCCCGACAGUCAACACCGACUCUACCUAAAGAUUAACACCAAACUUGUGAUCAGAUUGUGGAAUGCAUUCAUUAGAUCCCUGUGUAGGAAUUCUUGGGUGUUUUUUUUGUGUGAGUAAUCCAGUGAAAAUGUAUGUUUAUGUGUAGACAUGUACAUGAACUAUGAACCUUGUAAUGAAAUGUACUAUAUCAGUUGACUGGAGCGACAGUAAUAUUGAGUCAAAUUUUUGUACAUUGUCAUUCAUUAUUUGAAAAAGAUUAUUUAUACUCAAUGGUAUAGCUUAAUAGUAAAAUUAGCGUCCAUAUUCCAAAAGGCAUGAAAACUGUAAAGUUAAUAUAUGAUUUAUUUUAAAGAAACAAAUGUGACAUGAUUACUAUUCUGUACUUGACAUCUGAUUGGGAUUUUUCAUAAAGCCGUGUAAAAAGUUUAUCGAGGACUAGAUGAAAGAAAGUUCAACUUGGUCCAACCGUUGUGAUUUAACUACCAGUACAUACAACGUGAAUGUGUUUGUAAUUCAACCUUUCCUGUAAUUGAUUGUAUUAUUUUCAUUUUAAGUAUUAUAGAUUUAUCAUCAAAUGUACUCAAAGUCAGAUCAUGGUGCAGAAAAUUUGUGCAAUAUUUAUGACAAAUGAAUUUACUUUAACUUGAUAUUUUCUUAAUAAUCAAAUAAUCUUCCACUAAUUUGCAUUUCAAGUGCCUGUGUUCAAAUGUAUUACAUUAGAUUUUAUAUAUUGUAAUUUGUAUUAAUUCUUGCUUUUAUCACUUUCUGUUCUCUUUUGUAUAUGUGAAGCUUUACCAUAUUCCCCUGCUCAUCUUGAUUUCUUUGAAAUAUUUUUGUUUAUAAUUAAUUAUGACAUGAAAAAUUUCCUGCUCUUAACAGGGAAUAUGCUUUCUUAACAGUUAAUUGUUAACAUUUUCAUGUCCAUUAUGGUAUAAUGUCGCUUUCUAUUCUUUUUAUUGGAAUUGGUUCCGAAUGGUAUAUGUAAAGCUAAAAUAUGACAACAAGUCAUCAGUACACGCAGGCUACGGCUAUAAAACAAUGUUUGUUUAAUGUAAAUUCAAUUUUGGAGGGAAAAAAUGUGCCGACUUAUCCGAAUUUUCAUACAUUUUUAGGUAGAACAUCAUCUGUAUAUUUCAUCUACAUUGUAAGCAGAAGAUACUUGUUUCUGGACAACCCUCAAAUCUCCAUAGAUAUAUUAAAAAAAAAAUCAUUUGGCAAACAAUGUUUUAAGGACUAAAUAGUCCACUUGUGACAGCGUCUGAACGUAGGAUUGAAAUUUGAUACAUUAUUAUAAAACUGCUCAUUGCAAAUACCUUAGAUCUCCUAACUACCUUUCAGUAGGGGGCAAAUUUUCAGAGAAAAGGUACUGAUAAUCUAGAAAAAUGUAGAACCAUGUAUUAUGGAUUUCUUUGGAAAAACGGACACAACCUACAUGUACAAUGCCAUAUGGAAGUACCCCCCCCCCUCCAUUCUUUCUCGUUGGGUUUAUAGCGAUUACAGUGACUAUUCAGUGACUUGGUAAAAUGAGAAGUGGAAAACCAGACAGCUACAAACUUGUAAAGAAGAUAAUUUUUAUCAACGAUUAUGGUGUAAGAGUGUAUACAUUAUUUGUCAGAGAUAUAUAUUUUAAAGCCAAAUUUCACCAUCAUCUUGUGUAUGAUAAUUAAAUGCUUUGUGUUUAUUACCUGUAUA